AUGUACCAAGUGUUUCCUUUCCUCGUCGCUGCGAAUUUCGCCUUGCCGAAGCUCCGUCUGCCCGUGGAGAUGUGGUCUACCAUUUUUCGGUUUUUGGACCCUUCAUCUCUUCUGAACGUGGUUCGAACAGAUGGCUUGUGGAGCAAAAUCAGUCAAGGAGAUCCAGUUUUGCGAAGGACAGUUCUAGAAGAAUUGGAUGCCGAACGUGAAAGACAACGACAAGAGAUUUUAAAUCCCGGUUUGCUGAUGACGAUUGAGCGGAAAGGACCAACGAAAAUGUUUGGAACCAAUGGUACAAAAAAGGUUCGAUGUAUAGCUCCAACUGUGAUCCGUCAACCACCCGUUGAGUUUUUGAGACCUGUUGAAGAGAAGACCAAACAAUGUGUAGGACCACAGCGAAACAAGAAAAAUGUUCGAUCCCAACCUUAUAAGUUGUUAAGAUUGUAAAAAUGUA